AUGUACUCGAAAAUUGCUGAAGUAGUCACUACUGAUGCUACAUCUCUUAAUGGUGCAUCGAAGAACAUUUUGAACAUUGAACGGAUGUCACCAGCUAGUGUUGAUUCUGGUUUCGAUUCAUCGUUUCCAUCUUCACCGGACUGUUCACUAGAUUCAUCAGUUGUUGGAGCAGAAAUGACGAAGUGUUGCAAGGAUACGAAUUUUAAACGACGGCAUCAGACAGCUAUAGCUUUAGCUGUUACAUCACAGUGUCCACUGUCAGUUUGUCAGCCGUCAUGUUCAUCCUUCUCGUCGCCAAUCAGUCGAACAUCAAGCGGCAUUAGUACACUUAGUACAAGCAGUUUGAUUAGUACUGAUACGAAAACAGAUGAAAACUUUUGUCUUGACGAAUGUCUUCUGGAGAAAACAGCUUCACUAACAUCUUUGUCAUCAUCAACACAACUGGUGACUGAUGUUUCUGUUAAUCAAGAUUUGGGAGUUCCAUCAACCGACAGAUUAGGCAACAGUGCUGAGUCAGGAUGUUCAACAGUCCCUUCUUUUUCUGGCAGUUCGUCCUCAGAAGUCACUGAGUUUAACUUAAGACUACGUUGUCAUUGGAAAGGCUGUACGGAACGAUUUGCAUCUGAUAAUGACCUCUAUGAUCAUGUUGUUAAAGCUCAUUUGGAAUUGUUGCGACCUUCAGUAUAUUUGGAUGGUAGUAGUAAUAGCGGUAGUGGCGGCAGCGGUUCACAGUCACAAACGAUUGGUCGUUUAAAAAACUUGAUGUGUCAGUGGGGAAGCUGCAAAAUGGGUCUGAGUCGUGGCGACUUUCAAAAACAGUUCGUUUGGUUGGAAGAACAUUUCACAACACGACAUGCCGGUAAAGCGCAACCAUACAUGUGUCUUAUAGAGGGUUGUUCAUUAAGAUUUACAUUAAAGCGCUCAUUGGAAGAACAUCUCAGGACGGGUCAUGAAAAAGUGAAAGCCAAACGAUGUCAUACUGAAGAAGGUGAAUUGUCGAAAGUCAAAUCCUGCUACCAAUGGACACCUCUUCCUUAUUACAUACCAAGCGAGAAGAAUGACUUUUUGGAUCAUGCAACAGAAGAAUGGAUCGUUAUGCGAUUGCGACAAUAUGAGCGGACAAGUGGUGCUUGUUUUAUACCUCGCGAACCAGCAACACCUCGUGGUGGUGCUGCAUAUCGUAAAAGACGUCGAAUACUCACUUUUGCUAUUGAACCAUUGAAAUUUACUCCAAAAGUUAUUUCUGAUACGAUGGAGUUAGCAGAUGCAAAAUCACUUAUCAGAAGUGCUUUCAUUAGUGCAAAGAGUUGUACAAAUUCUGCGGAUAGGACCAUUACGGAUGGUAGCUAA